AGAACGAGAACCGAGGCAGAGCCACAAUUACCAAGCGCAGCAGAGAGCAGAGCAGGACACACAGUGUGACACUGUUAACCAGAUUCCUCAACUUUAACCUGGAUCCCCCCAUCGGUUGCAGUAACUUCACUACCGCAGUUAGAGCUCCCACCUUUGCCUCUGUAUACUAAAUACUAUAUAACUCCACCACCCACACCCCUCUCUCUCUCCAUCCCUCAAUCUCUCCCACCUUCCUCCUUUGACUACUCGUCCAACCUCUCUCUCUCUCUCUGUGUUGGGCUGAUUACCCAGAACAAAUCGACAUUGACAGUUCUUGGAACGAAAGAGAGAGGAAGAGUAAAAGAUGGGUUCUUUAGAUCUCACGCUCUAAAGCUUGUUUCUUUUUUUUGUUGGGUUCGUUCUGCUCUGCCUUUUUUAUCCUAACAAGGUGAGCUGCUGCAAUGGCGGAGACAGCGGCGGAGGCGAAGACAUUGCCGGAGGCGGAGAAGAAGAAGGAGCAGAGCCUGCCGUUUUUCCAGCUCUUCUCCUUUGCAGACAAGUACGAUUGGAUGCUCAUGAUCUUCGGAAGCUUGGGCGCCGUCGUGCACGGCUCCUCCAUGCCGCUGUUCUUCCUCAUGUUCGGCGAAAUGGUUAACGGGUUCGGAGAAAACCAAAUGAUUCAGAAAAUGACCGCCGAAGUAGCAAAGUACGCUUUGUACUUUGUGUAUCUCGGUCUCAUAGUAUGCGUAACAUCCUACGCAGAAAUUGCAUGCUGGAUGUACACCGGUGAGAGGCAGGUGAGCACGCUGAGGAAGAAGUAUCUGGAGGCGGUGCUGAAACAGGACGUCGGCUUCUUCGACACGGACGCCAGAACUGGGGACAUUGUCUUCAGUAUCUCGACGGACACUCUUCUGGUCCAAGAUGCCAUCAGCGAGAAGGUGGGGAACUUCAUACACUAUCUAUCUACAUUUCUGGCAGGCCUGGUGGUAGGGUUUGUAUCAGCAUGGAGGCUGGCGCUGCUGAGUAUUGCCGUGAUUCCCGGAAUAGUUUUUGCCGGCGGCUUAUAUGCCUAUACACUCACCGGCCUCACGUCCAAGAGUCGCCAGUCGUAUGCAAAUGCAGGGAUAGUGGCUGAUCAGGCCAUUGCGCAAGUUCGGACAGUUUAUUCCUAUGUUGGUGAAAGCAAGGCCCUCAAUUCGUAUUCGGAUGCCAUACAGAACACUUUGCAGCUUGGUUACAAGGCCGGAAUGGCCAAAGGUCUUGGCCUAGGGUGCACCUACGGCAUUGCUUGUAUGUCAUGGGCACUUGUUUACUGGUACGCUGGUGUGUUUAUCCGAAAUGGGCAGACUGAUGGAGGGAAAGCGUUCACUGCCAUUUUCUCAGCCAUUGUUGGUGGCAUAAGCUUGGGUCAGUCAUUUUCGAACCUUGGGGCCUUUAGCAAAGGUAAAUCAGCUGGAUACAAGUUGAUGGAGAUAAUUAAGCAAAAGCCAACCAUAGUUCAAGACCCCUUGGAAGGAAAGUGCUUAUCGGAUGUUAGUGGUAAUAUAGAAUUCAAGGAAGUAACCUUCAGCUACCCUUCGAGGCCAGAUGUUAUUAUCUUCCGAAAUUUUUCAAUCUUCUUUCCAGCCGGGAAGACUGUCGCUGUUGUUGGUGGCAGUGGUUCAGGGAAGAGCACUGUUGUCUCUCUAAUCGAAAGGUUCUACGAUCCUAACCAGGGGCAGGUUUUGAUCGAUAGCGUGGACAUAAAAACGCUGCAAUUGAAAUGGUUGCGCGAUCAGAUUGGGCUGGUAAACCAGGAACCGGCACUCUUUGCAACUACGAUACUCGAGAACAUUCUCUAUGGAAAGCCCGACGCAACAAUGGAAGACGUUGAAGUUGCGGCCUCCUCAGCGAAUGCUCACAGUUUCAUCACCUUGCUUCCAAAGGGAUAUAACACUCAGGUAGGAGAGCGAGGAGUUCAACUCUCUGGUGGUCAAAAGCAGAGGAUUGCAAUUGCCAGAGCUAUGUUGAAAAAUCCAAAGAUCCUCCUCCUUGACGAAGCUACCAGCGCCCUGGAUGCAAGCUCAGAGAGCAUUGUUCAAGAAGCUCUGGAUCGUCUCAUGGUCGGAAGGACAACUGUUAUUGUGGCACAUCGCCUUUCCACUAUUAGAAAUGUUGAUAGCAUUGCAGUUAUACAACAAGGCCAAGUUGUCGAGACAGGUACACAUGAAGAACUGAUUGCUAAAGCAGGGGCAUAUGCUUCUCUAAUUCGAUUCCAAGAGAUGGUUGGGAACAGAGACUUCAGGAACCCAUCGACUCGCUGCUCUCGUUCAUCACGUCUAAGCCACUCAUUGUCAACGAAGUCUUUAAGCCUCCGGUCUGGCAGCUUAAGGAACCUGAGCUAUUCGUACAGUACGGGUGCUGAUGGGCGGAUAGAGAUGAUUUCAAAUGCUGAAACAGACAGGAAAACUCGAGCUCCUAAGAACUAUUUCUUCCGGCUUCUGAAGCUAAACGCUCCCGAAUGGCCCUAUUCAAUAAUGGCCGCUAUAGGAUCACUACUCUCCGGGUUUAUCGGUCCAACAUUUGCUAUUCUAAUGGGCAACAUGAUUGAGGUUUUCUACUAUAGAAAUCCUGCCUCAAUGGAAAGGAAGACAAAGGAAUAUGUUUUCAUGUACGUUGGAGUGGGACUAUACGCAGUGGUUGCGUAUUUGAUACAGCAUUACUUCUGCAGCAUCAUGGGAGAGAACCUCACUACUAGAGUGAGAAGGAUGAUGCUUGCAGCAAUCUUGAGGAAUGAAGUUGGAUGGUUUGAUGAGGAGGAGCACAACUCUAACCUUCUAACAGCUAAAUUGGCGACGGAUGCUGCUGAUGUGAAAUCAGCUGUUUCUGAGAGGAUAUCUGUGAUAUUGCAGAACAUGACUUCACUCCUCACUUCAUUCAUUGUUGCCUUCAUAGUGGAAUGGAGAGUCUCCCUGCUCAUUUUAGCAACCUUCCCUCUUCUGGUGCUAGCCAACUUUGCUCAGCAACUUUCUUUGAAGGGCUUUGCUGGAGACACAGCCAAGGCUCAUGCAAAGACGAGCAUGAUUGCUGGGGAGGGAGUGAGCAACAUUCGGACAGUCGCCGCCUUCAAUGCCCAAAACAAGAUCCUAUCUCUGUUCUGCCACGAGCUCCGUCUCCCACUGCUGGGAAGCCUCCGCCGCAGCCAAACUGCUGGCGUCCUAUUUGGCCUCUCUCAGUUUGCUCUCCAUGCCUCUGAAGCUCUCAUUUUGUGGUAUGGUGCCCACCUCGUUAGCAAAGGUGUCUCCACCUUCUCGAAAGUUAUUAAGGUUUUCAUUGUCCUUGUUGUAACGGCGAAUUCAGUUGCUGAAACUGUCAGCCUUGCCCCGGAGAUUAUCAGGGGCGGUGAAGCAGUUGGUUCGGUAUUUUCAAUCCUUGAUCGUCAAACAAGGAUUGACCCGGAUGAUCCUGAGGCUGAGGUGGUUGAAUCAGUUCGCGGAGAAAUUGAACUUAGGCAUGUUGAUUUUGCAUAUCCAUCGCGACCUGAUAUCAUGGUGUUCAAAGAUUUUAGUCUCAGAAUCCGUACUGGCCACAGCCAAGCGCUUGUCGGAGUUAGUGGUUCGGGAAAGAGUUCUGUGAUUGCAUUGAUCGAGCGAUUUUAUGAUCCAUUAGUUGGGAAAGUAAUGAUCGAUGGCAAGGACAUCCGCCGGUUGAACUUGAAGUCUCUUCGGUUGAAAAUUGGACUGGUGCAACAAGAACCAGCCCUGUUUGCAGCAAGCAUCUUUGAAAACAUUGCCUACGGCAAAGAAGGCGCAACCGAAGCAGAAGUAAUCGAAGCUGCACGUACUGCUAACGUGCAUGGUUUCGUUAGCGGAUUGCCUGAUGGAUACAAAACCCCGGUUGGGGAGCGAGGAGUUCAGCUCUCUGGCGGACAGAAACAAAGAAUUGCAAUAGCAAGGGCGGUGCUCAAGGACCCUAGAAUACUCUUGCUAGAUGAGGCCACAAGUGCACUUGAUGCUGAAUCAGAAUGUGUGUUGCAAGAAGCACUUGAGAGGCUAAUGAAGGGCCGCACCACCGUGCUAGUUGCCCACCGUUUAUCGACAAUUAGAGGGGUGGACAGCAUUGGCGUGGUGCAAGACGGGCGCAUUGUGGAACACGGCAGCCAUUCGGAACUAGUGAGCCGCCCCGACGGAGCUUACUCAAGGCUGUUGCAGCUGCAAAAUCAUCACGUAUGAGAAGAGUUUUGGUCAAAAGCAAGCAUGCAUGCAUGGAUGGCCUUGUUGGGUGUUAAUUAUGUGUGUCCCCUAUUUUUCUUAGUUUGUAGAUAUUGGCAAAUGUGUCUGAACAAUUUCUCUCUAAUCUCUAAAGCAAGUAUUAUAUUAUUAAUCAAAUAUCAUAUCUUUCCUUUCUCCUUUUA